CAACCCGUGCUCCCACUGCCCCCCAUCCUCCUCCCUAGAUAUCCCUUAAAUUCUUCAGCCAGCCCUCGCGUACUCCACCACACGCGCGACAUGGCCGAGUUGGACCCGAAGGUCGCCGCUGUCUUGGACAAGGCCAAUAGAGGCGGCGACGAGUCAGACGAAGAUGCCCUCAUCGCCGCACUAGAAGAUGAUUCUGAACUAGAUGCCUUUCGCGAGCAGCGGCUUCAGCAGCUUCAUGCAGAGUAUGACAGAGCCCGGCAUCUCCGAGCGAGCGACCAUGGCACCUAUGUCGAGAUCAAGGAGGAAAAAGCCCUGAUGGACAUUACGACUAGUACGAAAAAGUGUGUCGUGCAUUUCUUCAAGCCAGACUUCAACCGAUGCAGGAUCAUGGAUAGCCACCUGGAGUCCCUUGCUCCAGCUCACUACGAGGCUCGGAUAUUGAAAAUUAACGUGGACAAUGCUCCUUUCCUGGUCACCAAGUUAAAAAUUCAAGUUCUGCCUUGUGUAAUUGCAUUCAUAGACGGCAUCGGUGUGGAUCGAGUAAUUGGCUUCGAGGGCUUGGGCCGAACGCCUGACAGCUUCACCACCAGGGACCUCGAAUCUCGUUUGAUACGAGCAAAUGUACUAGUCCGAUCAAAGGUGAACCAGGAAGACGAGCGGGAAAGGAAAGAGAACCAGAAACGACGGCAAAACAUGGAUAAUGAUGACGAUGACGAUGAUUGGGAUUAGGCAUUACGGACAUUGUUUUCUUUUUGCAGCAUAGCGACAAGUACGUACUACAUGGUUCACAUUUCAGUCACAGGACGGCGUUCAUGGUGGUGGUGGACUGAGGCACUCGACGUGAACUCAAGCUUCGUGAAACUCGGUAAACGAUAG